AACGUUCCGUUCCAUAAUUUAAAUCGAUAGUAAACAACAAAAGGUCAACAAAAUUAAUUAUUGUUGUAUUUUGUUAUUCUUAGCCAUAAUAUAACCAAACAAAGUGAAAAUGAAGUUAUCAACACCUAGAUAUACGUUCUGCUUAUUUGUCCAGUUGAUGUUUUUAUUGUUAGAUCUAAUAUUUAACUGUGUUAGCUUAUUUCCCAGAAGUCGCGAUGGAUUGCUCGUACUCUUCAUAUUCCAGGACCUCUUCCUUAUUUUGUCGAUCACAAUCAUGCUGAUGAUGUUCUUCUCUACCUACCUAUUUCAGGCGGGUCUAGUAGAAGUCCUCAUGCGCAAGUUCCUGUGGGCUGCGGCGGUGAGCGCAGGGUAUGCGGGCGCGAGUGUGGCACUGCAUGCGGUGUGGCUCGCCGACAAGUGGGGCGAUGCACACCACCCCUCUGGACCCACCCUCGUGCUGCUCUUUACUGUGCAACGCUGCUUGUCCCCGUGGUACUACUACCUGUACAAGCGCGCGGCGAUGCGCGUGAGCGACCCCCGGUUCUACGAGGACAUCGACUGGAUCAACCGCCAGCUGCAGACCAACUGAGCGCCGCCACCGCCGCCGAUGUACAGUCAGCUGCAUAAGUAGCUGUACACUUUUCACUUGUCAAACUCACAAAAUGCCUAUUCAAACAUUGACGGUUUGUUAUGUAGUCAGUUUGACAAGGUACAAAAGUGUAUAGCUACUUAUGCAGCUGUCCAUACCUUGUAGCUUCACUAGCUAGCCAUAAAACCACGGAUCUGCCCAGACAGGCUGCCGUGACAGGCUUACGGUAUGUUGCAAAUAGGCACAGGUGUUGUACCUGACACAUCUGUGCCUAUUUGUAACAUACACGAACAGUUUUGCCUGCCAGGUAAAUACGUCAGACAGAUCUAUCGGGCAGAUCCGUGCGUAUAAUAUGGCUAGCUACUACCUGGAAAUGGAACUACUUGUUACAACAAUAAAAUUACCAAAUUUACAAAGCAGCUCUGCUAUACCCACUCUGACCAAAGGACAAGAAUAUUUAAUUAGAAUUAUAAGCAUUUUGUUACAUUACAAAAGUAUGUACAAGACAUAAGAUACUUAAAGAGGCAGCUAAAUUUCUUCCA